AUCAAUAAAUAAUACAUCAAUUCUAACAUGGUAUCAGAGCUAUAGGUUAAGCUCUUGGUGCUCUUCGCCUUCUGGCGGGCGGCAACUUUGCCUUAACCGCCCGCUAGACCUCAACCAAUUGAAACCUCCAACACAUACCUUCUCUCCAAUCACCGCCAAUAACCACUGCAGCAACUCAAACCACUGCUAGCUCGAAUUGACGCCAACUCUUCUCGCGUCCAGUAUUUUCGUUUCGCGUCUCUCUCCUUCGAUCUCGACUGUUCUUCGUUCGCAGUUUCUAACUUUUUGGUCAAGUGGAAUUGCUUUGAACGAUGGUGUUCUUCAGAAGCGUUUCUGCGCUUUCUAAGCUACGUUCUCGUGUUGUUCAACAAUCAAGUUUUAACAACUCUGUACGAUGGCUUCAAAUACAAACCUCUUCUGAUCUUGACCUUCAUUCUCAGCUGAAGGAAUUAAUUCCAGAACAACAGGAGCGCCUGAAGAAACUGAAGUCUGAGCAUGGAAAGGUUCAACUGGGGAACAUUCCAGUUGAUAUGGUACUUGGUGGAAUGAGAGGAAUGACAGGUUUGCUGUGGGAAACCUCAUUACUUGACCCUGAAGAGGGCAUACGCUUUCGGAAUUUGUCAAUACCUGAAUGUCAGAAGAAGUUACCAGCGGCAAAGCCUGGUGGGGAGCCAUUGCCUGAGGGUCUCCUUUGGCUCCUUUUAACAGGAAAGGUACCAAAUAAAGAGCAAGUAGAUGCAUUAUCCAAGGAAUUACGAAGCCGUGCCACAGUUCCAGAUCAUGUGUACAAAGCUAUUGAUGCCCUUCCUAUUUCAGCUCAUCCAAUGACCCAGUUUGCAAUGGGUGUCAUGGCUCUUCAGGUACAGAGUGAAUUCCAGAAAGCACAUGAGAAAGGGAUCCAUAAAUCGAAGUACUGGGAGCCAACAUAUGAGGACUCUCUUAGUUUGAUUGCUCAACUACCAAUAAUAGUUGCUUAUGUCUAUCGCAGGAUUUACAAGAAUGGGCAAGUUAUACCCAAGGAUGAUUCCCUAGAUUAUGGUGGAAAUUUUGCCCACAUGCUUGGAUUUGAUAGUCCUGACAUGCAGGAGCUUAUGAGGCUUUAUGUCACCAUUCACACUGACCAUGAAGGUGGGAAUGUUAGUGCUCACACUGGUCAUCUAGUAGCUAGUGCCCUUUCAGAUCCGUACCUUUCAUUUGCAGCUGCAUUAAAUGGUUUGGCUGGACCACUCCAUGGCUUGGCUAAUCAGGAAGUUCUGCUAUGGAUCAAAUCUGUGGUAAAGGAGUGUGGUGAGAACAUAACCACGGACCAGUUGAAAGACUAUGUUUGGAAAACACUGAACAGUGGAAAGGUUGUUCCUGGAUUUGGACAUGGGGUUUUGCGUAAUACAGAUCCAAGAUACUUGUGUCAGAGGGAGUUUGCAUUGAAGCAUGCUCACCAUAUGAACAUUACCUUUGCAGAAGCAAGAAGGGUAGCUUCCCAGUAUCAGAGGGAGGCAGAAAAAUGCAAUGCUGCCACAGAGACUUGUGCCCAAGUUUGUCAUCUUGUUAAAGCAAACAAAUUCACUCUCUCUCUCUCUCUCAUCUUUCCACUUUCAAACCCACAAUCCUUUUUUUUAAUCAACCCACUCCCUCACUUUCUUUACACCCCUCUUUCACUCACAUGGGCUUGUCCCCUCUCUCUCCUCCGUUUGAUUUCAAAAUCCAUUAUUUUUAUUUAUUUUCUCCAAACCACUUUCCUUAUUUCCCCAUCUUUCAUUUUGAUUUCAAAUAUAUUUUUAUUAUUUCUUUCUUUA